AUACUGAGAUUUAUGUGUAGUUAACAGCAGUUCCUCUCCACACCACAAGAGGUGCAGUUGACCUUGGGGAUCAUGUGGGGGUUCCGGGGUAGAGUAAGAGUUGUUGGUAUCUAAGAGAAAAGUAUGCCGGUCACAUGUAGACUCUGCUGCACAAGAGAAUAAAGUUAUAUCCAAGUUAUUCCGCAUGAUUCAGUUCCUAUAUUACUGAAGAUACCACAUAUUGGCGACGAGGAUAUUGGAAGGAUGAAAAAUAUGUCAGUUUGAAGACGGAUGCUACAGGGUGAGCUGACGGGAGAGAGAGGGGCUAGAAAUUGACCGGAGGAUUCACAAAAAAAAAAAAAAAAAAAAAAAAAAAAAAAAAAAAAGCAAAGAUGGCUACGAUGAUAGGCACUCUGUCGGUUUUUGACGUGAAGGAGCAGACGUGGGAAGAGUAUUGUGAGAUACUAGAACAGUUUUUUGAAGCUAACGGAAUUGACGAUGGAGAUAAGCAGAGAGCUAUCCUCAUCAGUGCGGUGGGACCAGCCACAUACAAGCUCAUGAGGAACCUGGUGAGUCCAGAUAAACCCAGCUCGAAAACUUACGGUCAGUUGAAAACUUUAAUGAAAGAGCACUUCAACCCCAAACCGAGUGAGAUAGUUCAGAGAUACAAAUUUGACUCGCGCUCCCGCCAGCCUACAGAGACCGUCAGUGUGUAUGUAGCUGAAUUGAGACGAUUAGCACAUGAUUGUAACUAUGGUGCAACACUGGAACAGAUGUUGAGAGACCGACUGGUAUGCGGUAUUAAUGAUGACAGGAUUCAAAGACGCUUGCUAUCCGAAACAGACUUGACGUUUGAGAGAGCAUUCCAAAUUGCAGUAGCUGCGGAGGCCGCUAGUAAAAACGUGCAAGAUCUCCAUACAGCACCGUUAGCAUGCAACAGUGUGAGGACAGAUGGUGCGCUGAAAAAGGAGAGUGAAUGGAAAAAAAAAGAUAAAGAAUGCUACCGAUGUCAUGGGAAGCAACACAACGCGGCUGCGUGUAAAUUUAAGGAGGCAAAGUGUCACUGUUGCGGAAAAGUUGGGCACAUAGCCAAGGCUUGCCGUAAUAGAAAUAAAGAAAGUGCCAGCUACAACGAGAAGAAAGCAUGCAGAACAGAGAAAACAUACCGAGCAGAGCGGCGUCCACAUCCACAUCGAUCCUAUAAUGUGGAGUGUGAAAAGCAAGAUGCUAAUGAAUCUGAGGAGGAAGUGUUCACAUUGAACUGCAUGGAAACGGAGACAUCAAUUCAGAGGAUUAAACCGUUUGAAGUGACGAUGGCAGUGAAUGAGAAGACGGUACAUUUUGAAAUUGAUACAGGAUGCAGUGUAAGCAUAAUGAACGAGCUGAAGUUCAAUGAGUUGUGGAAUGAAGGACAACGACCACAAAUAAGACAAACUAAACUGGUACUUAAGUCAUAUACAGGGGAGAAAAUCAAAGUAGUGGGGGUGGCCAAAGUGAAAGUAAACUAUGAGAAGCAAGUGAAGACAUUGCCCCUAGUGGUGGUUAAAGGUACAGGACCUAGCUUGUUAGGAAGAGGAUGGCUAGAGGCUCUAAAAUUGAAGUGGGAAGAAAUAAAAAAUGUGAGAACAGAGGUACAGAGCCUACUGCAAGUACUCAUGAGAAAUGAGGAAGUUUUCAAGCAGGAGUUAGGCAUGUUGAAAGGCAUGAAAGCAACCAUUCGGGUGUCUGCUGAAGCACAGCCUAAAUUCUAUCGGCCCCGCUCAGUUCCGUAUGCCAUGAGGGCGAAAGUAGAAGCGGAGAUAGAUCGGCUGCUGAGGGAGGACAUUAUAGCUCCUGUUAAAUACGCCGAAUGGGCCGCGCCCAUAGUUCCUGUCCUUAAGCCAGAUGGUUCGGUCAGAAUAUGCGGCGAUUACAAGCUAACCGUUAACAGUGCCUCCUCACUAGAGCAGUACCCUAUUCCCCGUGUUGAAGACCUGUUCAAUACCCUGGCAGGAGGGAAACAGUUCACCAAACUCGAUUUAAGCCACGCCUAUCAACAGAUUGUAAUGGAUGAUGCCUCAAAGAAGUACCUCACAAUAAACACACAUCGAGGAUUGUUCACCUACAAUAGGCUUCCUUUCGGAGUCUCGUCAGCUCCCGCCAUCUUCCAGCGAACGAUGGAAAAUCUGUUACAAGGCCUUCCAAGGGUAGCUGUGUACUUAGACGACAUCAUUCUGACAGGAAGGGAUGAAGCUGAACAUCUGAGCACGCUGGAGGAGGUACUUAGGCGUUUGAAAGACGCUGGCCUGCGACUUCACAGAAACAAAUGUGUGUUCCAGCAAAAUGAGGUAGAAUACCUAGGACACGUGGUGAAUGCUGAAGGCUUACAUCCCGUGAAGAGCAAGGUGAGGGCCAUAGAAGAAGCGCCACCACCAACCACAGUGACUGAGCUAAAGGCCUAUUUAGGUCUCUUGAAUUACUACAACAAGUUCCUCCCUAGUCUAGCUACACGCUUAGCCCCGUUACAUAAGCUGCUAAGGAAAGAUGUUGUGUGGGUCUGGAACAAAGAACAGGAAGAAGCUUUCCAGAACUCAAAACAGUUGCUGAAGUCGGCUAAAGUCCUGGGUCACUAUUCAGCGGACAAAGAGUUACUGCUCGCCUGUGACGCCUCACCAUACGGGCUAGGCGCCGUGCUGUCACAUGUCAUGGAAGACGGUAGUGAAAAACCUUUGGGCUUCAUGUCGCGCACGCUAACACCAGCAGAGAAGCGCUACUCACAGCUUGAUAAGGAGGGGUUAGCUAUCAUGUUCGGAAUUAAGAGGUUUCAUAAGUACAUCUACGGACGAACAUUCACAAUCAGCACCGACCACAAACCACUGAUAUCACUCUUUCAUGAGAAAAAGCCAGUACCUCAGAUGGGGUCACCAAGAGUGCAGAGGUGGGCAACUCUCCUCAGAGCGUAUGAGUACAAAAUCAUAUACAAACCGGGGCAGGGACAUGCAAAUGCAGAUGCGCUGAGCAGGUUACCAUUGCCACAAACAGGGGAAGAGGACGAGUCUGACCAGGUCUUCAUGUUAGAGGUAAUGGAGGACCCACCAAUCACGACAAAACAGGUCAGACAGUGGACCGAUAAGGAUGAAACACUCUCCCAAGUGAGAGGCUGGUGUCUGAAAGGAUGGCCAAGGGAGGUAGAUGCACAGUACAAACCCUACAGUCAGAGGAAACUGGAGCUGAGUGUGAAAGAUGGGUGUGUGCUCUGGGGGGCAAGAGUGGUCGUUCCACAGAGAGGUAGGAAAGCCAUAUUAAAACAGCUACACCACACACACCCAGGAAUAUGUAGAAUGAAGGGUUUAGCACGUUCAUACGUCUGGUGGCCAGGGAUGGACUCCGAAAUUGAAAAGGAAGUGCAGUCCUGCCAUACAUGCCAGGAGAACAGAAAUCCUCCAGCAGGAGCACCGCUACAUCCAUGGGAGUGGCCGGAGACACCCUGGAGCAGAUUGCAUGUGGAUUACGCUGGCCCUUUUCUAGGGAAAAUGUUCCUCAUCAUUGUAGAUGCACACUCAAAAUGGAUUGACGUGUACCCAGCAAGUACAGCAACCAGUCAAGUUACCAUUGAAAAGCUCAGACAGUGCUUCAGCAUACAUGGUCUGCCUCAAACCUUAGUAUCAGACAAUGGAACUUGCUUCACAAGCCAAGACUUUCAAGCAUUCCUAAAACAGAAUGGAAUACAGCACAUAACAUCUGCACCAUUCCACCCAGCAUCGAACGGUCUAGCGGAAAGUGCUGUACAGUCGUUCAAACAAGGAAUAAAGAAAAUAAAGGGGGACACUUUGGAAACAAGAGUCGCUAGAUUUUUGUUUAAUUACAGAAUCACCCCGCAAACCACGACUGGAUUGUCACCAGCGGAAAUGCUUAUGUCCCGAAGGCUACGCUCAACACUGGAUCUUCUGCUGCCGGAUGUGAAGUCAAAGAUUCGGAAGAAACAACUCAAGCAGAAGGAACAACAUGACACACACAGUAAGUGGAGGAGUUUUUCACCUGGGGAUGAUGUGUACACCAGAAAUUACAGUCAUGGUCCUCGUUGGAUACCGGCUGUCGUUGAAGAGAACACCGGACCUGUAUCUUAUACUGUACAGACGGGAGAUGGAAGAGUCAUUAGGCGCCAUGUUGAUCAAAUCAGAAAACGCCAUGAAUCGCCGACACAGGAGAGGUUGGAGGAGCCUAUCACUCUUCAGGUUUCCGAGACAGGACUGGAGGCCUUGCCUGCAGACUCUGCCGUCACCAUUGUGCAGAGAGAGAAAAUGACUGCUGGUGAGACAGACCAAGCACACUCCUCCGUGGUUGAACAGACAAAAGCAGGAGUAGAUUUACUUCCUGGGCUGCGUCGUUCCGAGCGCAUAAGACAGACUCCCGCUUAUCUGAAAGACUUUGUGAAAUAGUAGUGAGAUCCCUCAAGUCAGAGCAAGAAUGAGCUCUGGGACUCACUGGAAGGAUGGCAGUCUACCCACCUUCCUAGUUUUUUCCUUUCUCUUUUAAUUAUGUUCAUGGAGUUAUUUUUUCAUUGUGAAAAAAAAAAAAAAAAAGAAAAAAAAAGAAAACAUGUGAAAAUACUAGACGUGUAUGUCUUGUGUUAACAAUGUUAUGUUCAAUUUCCCUAACCAUACAUUUGUGAGUAAUUUGGAGGGGCUAGUUUAAAAAAAAAAAAAAAA